UUGUGUAACUAUUUCAUCCUGGAUGCGAAAAGUGCAAUAUGGUGCAGCUACACUUCCGCUGAUUUUCGGAAGAAGUUAUAUUUAUUUAUGUGUGAAUUCUUCUGUCGGCGGAAUGGAUACAGGAAGAGAUUCAAAUGUUACACAACGAACAGAUAUCACAAGUAGGCACCCGUUACGACGUAAUCAAGAAACGGACAAUCCUUGUUACAAGGAGCAUCUCAUGUCCCUAAAGUGCCUCAAUUCUGAUAAACCUCGGGAGGCAUGCCAGCCAUAUUUCAACAAUUACAAGAACUGUAAAGAUUUUUGGGCUUCUGUGCGACAUGAGCGCAAAUCGAAAGGUAUCGAACCGUACCUGCCACCUCCGGAGGAGCGCGCCAAAAUAAAGACCGAUUUCCUAAACUCAAGAUAGUGAUAGAUACAGCACACGGCUUCAUUUGUAAAAAUAUUUUUUAUUCCGUAAUAUUCUUCGGUGUCUCGCAAUAUUACAUUGUAAUAUAUUACGUAUGUAUAUAGUCCAACAGAGUUUAUAAGCUUGAAAUAUAUUAAAUCCACAUUGAAAAGAAACUGACAUUUUCACUAUUACCAUCUAAAUUUCUUCUUUCGAUACAUGUUAAUUUUACAUACACUUGGAAAACAUAUUACUUUGUGAUGUAUCUACAAUUGCGAUCAAAACUGUGAGACAAACAGAAAAGAGAGAAACUAGCUAGCUGCCACAUUUCAUUGUAGCAGAAUUUUACAUUGCAAUUUAUGAAAAUCAAGAUUAUCAUAUAAUAAUUUGUACACAUAUUUUAUAUAACGCAAAUAUACAAUCGAUACAUAAACAAUAACGCACUCUCGAUCCUUUCUUA